AAGGCGCGAGCCGGGCCGCUGGUUUAAGAAGCGGGAGGCGGGAGCGGCGCGAGGCUGGCCCCCUCCAACCGCCCCCUGACGAAGAUGGUCCGUACCAAGGCUGACAGUCCGUCCACCUCCACCGGCUCCUUUCGCAAAGCUGUUGCUGCCAGAGCACCAAGGAAGGCACUUGGGUGUGCAAGUGCAACCAAUGUCUCUCUAACAUCUCCAGGGAAAAAAGAAAACAAAUAUGCUGGUGGGAACCCAGUAUGCCCAAGACCUACCCCAAAGUGGCAGAAAGGGAUUGGAGAAUUCUUUGGCCCUUUCAAACAGCCUGGAAAGGAGAAUACAGAACCCUCAGAUGUCAGCAGUAGUAGCAAGGCUGGAACAAGUAAAGCUCCAAGGAGGGCAUAUGUUCUACCUGAGGACUUGGACGAAGCAGCUUCAGAUGGAGAGAACUGAAUACCACUUGCCCACCAUGUCUAAUACUUGAAGAGCUCUUGGCGUGUAUAUUUGUAUAUAUGUCUAUUGCUAUGUAGUAUGGAUUUCUUAGUUGUAUUGUACAGUUGAAAUACCAUUAAAGCCAUAGCUACAGAACUGAUUUAAAAAUUACUCGCUGAGUACUCUGGUCCAAGGCCAGUGGUCCCUCAGCUAAAUGAGACUUUCUAUCUACAUAAUUAUUUGUUUUAUUAUAUCUUUUGACUUGUACUCAUGUUGAUGGGUGGGGUUAAAAAUAAAACUUGUAUGAACCAAGGCCAUAACCUAUUUUAGUGGCCUUGCUGUAUCUUGCAAUUUAUCUUUUUAUAAUAAAUUUUAAGGUGUGCCAAACUCA